GGUCCUGGACACGCGGCCAGGGCGCCCGGCUGCGGCCGGAGCCACUUGUCGCGCGGGAUGGUAGCGUCCAGAGGCACGUCGCCGUCGCCAUCGCCGCGGUAGAGAAGGCCAGGCUGAGCAGGAAGAUCUCGCACGCCGCGUGACGUACAAGUACAACCAUGUGUGUGAGACCAAACUCCCCGCCCGCGCCGCACCGCUUCCUAGUUCCUUUCCUGAAACGGUCGCCUGGACAUCAACUAUGCUGAUGGAUCAACGAACGUGAUACGGGUCUCCUGUCCUCUCCUCUCUCUCUCUCUCUCUCUCUCUCUCUCUCUCUCUCUCCACCGGCUAUAUCAUCGUACUGCCUUCGUCUCUUCCGUCAGUAGCUGCAGAUUUCUGUCUGGUACAGGUAGGUUGUCGUAUACGUUGCGUGUUGCUGCUUGCUGGGGAGAGGGGAGCGCUGUUGCAGAUGGCAAGCUUCAACCAAGAGAGCAGAGCAGGCACACAGAGGGAGGAGGCACCUCUACAGGGCAAGUACGGAGGCAUUUCUCCGAAGAAGGCGCUCAUCAACAAGGACCACGAGCGCGCCUACUUCGACUCCGCAGAUUGGGUGCUCGGCAAGCAGCAAGGCGUGAGCAGCAACAGCCCGACGACGGUGCCCGCAGCCGAGCCCCUCAAGCCCAAGCUGCAGCGGACGGCGUACCACCAGCUUCCCCCUCGGCGGCCCGCGUACACGUCGUCGGAGUAGCUCGGCGAGCGGGGAGUCGCUGCAGUGCAGCACCGUAGGAAGCCGGAAUCCACGGAGGUGGCGCCAAUUGGGUUGUACAUGUUGAGAAACACUAAUGAAGGAUUACGUGGUAAAUACCGAAUAUAUUUCUAAAGGAUAUCACGUCUAUAUAUAUAUAUAUAUACAUAUAUAUAUAUAUAGAACAUAUACAAAUGUAUCGUCUCGUGUAGAAUAUAUUAGCUACUCAUAUGGAAUAUAGAUGAGAAAGAGGCUAGAGGGCCCACCCUAUAUAUUA